GAACAUAGCGUUUAUGAAAACGCUAUUAAACACAUAUGAUAGUAUUUAUUGUGUGCUAUGAAUGUUGAUUUUUCUUGUAGUGGAAUAACCUGUUUGAGAGAAUUGGGCAAAGAGUGACUUGAGCUUUGGUACUACGCUCACCAGAAACUCAAUCCCCACACAAAGCAGCAGAUUCAUACGCAUUUUUACAAAACUAACCAAUUGAAUCACCUUUCCAAUUGAAUUACCCAGAACGGUGGAGAUGAGCCGACGGUGAAAUCCCCUUUCCAAUUGAAUCACCUUCAAUUCUCUGCUUCUUCUCUGUGGAGAACCUAUCGACUUCGAAAUAAACGAGAGAGACGAAGAGAAAAUCGGGUAACAAAAAAAUAAAUGAAAAUUUUAUUUUUUACUCAUUCAAUCAGAAACUAACACAACCAAGUUUCUAAACACAUCUAAAAUAUCUUAUGUAACCAUCGAUCCUAAGCUAAAUCACACAAAAAGAAUUAAAUUUAAUCUGUAAAAAUACUUUAGAAACUCUUAAGAUACUUGUUAAAUCCUUUGAUGGGCUUGCCCUAAGUACUCAUUAUCAUCCAAAAUAAUACUCUAAAAUUGAAGGUAAUAAAAAGAAAUAUAUUUUUUACGGGUGUUCAAUCCGAUUUAGCAAAACAAGUUUCUAUGAGUUCCGGUCUGAACGAAGAUUUCCUCGAUUGUAUAGUGCGUUUAGAGGAGACGCACAUUCAACAAGGCUUCGACGAGGGUUACGAAAAGGGUCUUGUGUCGGGUCGGGAAGACGCUCGUCAUCUGGGUUUGAAACUCGGGUUCGAGACAGGCGAGCUCAUCGGGUUCUACAAAGGCUGCUCUUUUCUUUGGAAUUCAGCUCUCCGUGUUGAUCCCACUCGCUUCUCCCCUCAGCUCCACAAGCAUCUCAAUGAUUUCCAUGUCUUGCUCGUUAAGUUCCCUCUUUUGGAUCCCGAGGACGAAGCCAAAGACCGGAUCAAGGAUCAUCUCCGAGUCAAAUUCAACAUCAUUUGCGCAUCUCUCGGCGUUUCCAAGAAACAGUUGGAGUGGUCCGAGGAGAUGUUGAGAGAAAUGCUUGGUUGCUGCAAGGUAUACAUAUCUGAAGCGCGGAACAAGACGGCCCUCGAAGCCAUUGAGAGAGCUGUAAAGCCUUUUCCACCAGCUGCAAUCGUCAACAAGUUUGAAGAUGCGGCUUAUGGCAGGGUCGGUUAUACUGUUGUAUCCUCGCUUGCUACUGGGUCAUCUUCAUCCCUGAAGAAUGCAGUGUUUGCAAUGGUUAAGACUGCUCUCGACACCAUCAAUCUUGAGUUGCACUCUGGAUCCCAUCCCCGCCUUGGAGUGGUCGACCACAUAUGCUUUCACCCCUUGUCUCAAACCUCUAUAGAACAAGUUUCUUCCGUUGCCAAUUCCCUAGCAAUGGACAUCGGCUCCACUCUCCGAGUUCCUACAUAUCUAUAUGGAGCAGCAGAUAAGGAGCAGUGCACGCUGGAUUCGAUCAGAAGGAAGCUGGGAUACUUCAAGGCAAACAGGGAGGGACAUGAAUGGGCAGGUGGGUUGGAGCUGGAGAUGGUGCCAGUGAAGCCAGACGCAGGGCCACAAGAGGUGAGCAAAGCCAAAGGGGUUGUAGCGGUUGGGGCGUGCGGGUGGGUGAGUAACUAUAACGUACCAGUCAUGUCAAACAAUCUCAAGGCAGUGAGGAGAUUAUCAAGGAAGACGAGCGAGAGAGGAGGGGGCUUGGCUUCAGUGCAGACAAUGGCGCUUGUGCAUGGGGAAGGAGUUAUAGAGGUCGCCUGUAACUUGUUGAAUCCAAGUCAAGUGGGAGGAGAUGAAGUACAGGGACUUAUUGAGAGGCUUGGCAGAGAGGAAGGUCUGCUUGUGGGAAAAUGGUAUUAUACGGACUAUACACCCGACCAGAUUGCUCAAAGAUAUAUUGACUUGCUCAACAAUUCAAAAUUUUCAAAGUAAACAAAAAAAAAACAUUAUGAUGUUGUCAUUUGUGGAAGGAAUUAUUACGGACAUCGAUCAUUUGUCUUCAUUUUGUGUUUAGAUAUGCUAUA